AUGCCAUUAAGAGUAUUCUAUACGCUCUGUAUCCCGUUAAUAGAUAUAUACAUAUUACACCCAGAAAUAAUUAAUGAACUAAAAAUUAAUCAUAAUUCAAUGACACUUUAUAAUCAAUUGCCAGAAAGUAAUAAGCACAUACUAGAACAUUAUGCACAAUUACCAAAAAGUAAAAAUUAUUAUGGUGGUAUGUCUUAUAAUUCCUGCGCAGAAAUAGCGAAACAGCAAAAAAUCAAUGCCGUAUUCCUGGGGAUGUUUUCAACGGAUAAUUUAUCAAAGUCAGUAUUUAAUCAGGCCAUAGCAGGAGAAAUAAAAAAUUUACUAAUUGUACCUGAAUAUAUAAACAGUGAAUCAGGUAAGUCAUUUAUUAUACCAAAUGGGAAAAACCGGGCAAUGAUAACAAAAAUUAAUGAAAAACAAAAAAUAACGGACAAUUUAAUUAGCAAAUUUUUACAACUAAUGAAAAAAUCAACUGAAAAACCAAAACCUGAUGUAAGUGCAUUAUACAUAGCCGGGUAUACAGCAGAAUCCUCAAAUGAACCAUUAUUACACCUUAUUGAAGAGAGGAUAAGGCUUAAUAUACAGUGCAUGAUAAUAUUUAAUUUGGCUGAUCCUGGUGUAGUAGAAAGGUCUUACGCUAAGAUAAAGCCAUUUAUAGAGGCAGCUGACUGGGUUAUAGGGAACAGAGAAGAAUUUACAUCUUUAUAUAAGACAAUGUGUAAUAAAUCAUGUGUAAACCCUGAUGAAUUAACGGAUUUUAUUAAUAAAAAUUUUAGUAAUGCCGUUAUAACAGAUGGAAGUGAGCCUGUAACGGUUUUUUAUACUAAAAAUUCAGAUAAAAAAUGGGUUACAUUAAAACCUCCUCAAAUUGAAGUGAAUAACCCAACAGGUGCAGGUGACAUAUUCGCAGCAACCUUCUUCUCAAAUAUUUUAAUUGAUUCUGGUGACGUAUUAAAUGCACUAAAUGAAUCAAUUACUAGAACUAAUGAGUAUUUAACUAAAAUGACUGUUAGAACUAAUAAAUAA